AACGUCGUCUCAUUCAUACUUCUUUUUCAAUGUAAUUUUUGCUCUUUCGUGUAUUUUCUAACGAAUAAGAAUAAUGUGUUAAAUGUUAAAUGUGAAUCGUAUCGUCGUGUGUUCGUGCAGACGUGCAAUUGUUAACCUACAACAAUAAACUGUUUUUGGUGUGUCUUCACAAGCAACGCGAAACGAAAUUGCUAAAAAUCUAAACCGAGACGAAACAAAAUAAAGAAACCAACAACAACAUCAGCAACCAUAACAACGAACGACCGAAAAGAAAACAAGAUCAAACAGCAAAAUAAAAAAUUAAAUAAAUUAAAAUAAAAACUUAAACAAAAGUCAACGUUAACGUUGACGCAGACAACAGUAUUCGCAUUCUCUCCCGAUUUUUUUUACUAACACUCAUCAAACAACAAAAAAAAGUGCGUGUGCUAUCUCUCUCGAAAGAAAAUAAAAUAAGAACAACUAUUAAACGAGACCCAAAGAACAGCAUACAACAACAACAAGUCGUAACUCCCAACCAGAGAGCCAAAAUAACAGGCCGUCAAGAUGACGCAACCGUUACCCAUACGCUUUCAAGAGCAUUUACAGCUCACAAAUGUCGGCAUCAAUCCGAACUCCUUCUCAUUCAGCACGCUCACAAUGGAGUCGGAUAAGUUCAUCUGUGUGCGGGAGAAGACGAACGAUACCGCCCAGGUGGUCAUCAUUGAUAUGAACGACUCAUCGAAUCCGACGCGCCGUCCCAUAUCCGCGGACUCGGCCAUUAUGAAUCCGGCUAGCAAGGUGAUUGCGCUCAAAGCGCAAAAGACACUGCAGAUCUUCAACAUUGAGAUGAAGUCGAAAAUGAAGGCGCACACGAUGAACGAGGAUGUGGUAUUCUGGAAAUGGAUAUCGCUGAAUACGCUCGCCCUGGUCACCGAGACGAGCGUCUAUCACUGGUCGAUGGAGGGCGAUUCGAUGCCACAGAAAAUGUUCGAUAGGCAUUCCUCGCUCAAUGGCUGUCAGAUCAUCAAUUAUCGUUGCAAUGCCUCCCAGCAGUGGCUGCUGCUCGUUGGCAUCUCGGCGCUGCCCAGCCGUGUCGCUGGCGCCAUGCAACUGUAUUCGGUGGAGCGCAAGGUGUCGCAAGCGAUUGAGGGACAUGCCGCCAGUUUUGCCACCUUCAAGAUCGAGGGCAACAAGGAGCCGACCACGCUGUUCUGUUUCGCCGUGCGCACCGCAACCGGUGGCAAGCUGCACAUCAUUGAGGUGGGAACGCCACCGAAUGGCAAUCAGCCAUUCCCGAAGAAGGCGGUCGAUGUCUUCUUUCCGCCGGAGGCACAAAAUGAUUUUCCGGUUGCGAUGCAAGUAUCCGCCAAAUACGAUACCAUCUAUUUGAUAACCAAAUAUGGAUAUAUCCAUUUGUACGAUAUGGAAACGGCCACGUGCAUCUACAUGAAUCGCAUAUCGGCCGAUACGAUUUUUGUGACCGCACCGCACGAGGCCAGCGGCGGCAUCAUUGGCGUCAAUCGCAAGGGCCAGGUGCUGUCCGUGACCGUCGACGAGGAACAGAUCAUACCCUACAUCAAUACGGUGCUCCAGAAUCCCGAUCUCGCCCUGCGCAUGGCCGUGCGCAACAAUUUGGCUGGCGCUGAGGAUCUGUUUGUGCGCAAAUUCAAUAAGCUCUUUGGCGCUGGCCAAUACGCCGAGGCGGCCAAGGUGGCUGCAUUGGCCCCAAAAGGUAUUCUACGCACACCGCAGACCAUUCAACGUUUCCAGCAGGUGCAAACGCCAGCCGGUUCGACAACACCGCCGCUCUUGCAGUACUUUGGCAUCCUGCUCGAUCAGGGUAAACUGAAUAAGUUCGAGUCGUUGGAGCUCUGUCGUCCCGUGCUCCUGCAGGGCAAGAAGCAGCUCUGCGAGAAGUGGCUGAAGGAGGAGAAGCUCGAGUGCAGCGAGGAGCUGGGUGACUUGGUGAAGACAUCGGAUCUAACGCUCGCUCUCUCCAUCUAUCUGCGCGCCAAUGUGCCCAACAAGGUGAUCCAAUGCUUUGCCGAAACGGGCCAAUUCCAGAAGAUCGUGCUCUAUGCCAAGAAGGUCAACUACACGCCCGACUAUAUAUUCCUAUUGCGUUCGGUGAUGCGCAGCAAUCCGGAGCAGGGCGCCGGCUUUGCCUCCAUGCUGGUGGCCGAAGAGGAGCCGCUGGCCGACAUCAAUCAGAUCGUGGACAUCUUUAUGGAGCAUUCGAUGGUGCAGCAAUGCACCGCCUUUCUGCUGGAUGCCCUCAAGCAUAAUCGUCCCGCCGAGGGAGCACUGCAGACGCGUCUGCUCGAAAUGAAUCUGUUGUCGGCACCGCAGGUGGCUGAUGCCAUUCUGGGCAACGCCAUGUUCACCCACUACGAUCGCGCCCAUAUCGCCCAGCUGUGCGAGAAGGCCGGCCUGCUGCAGCGCGCCCUGGAACACUAUACGGAUCUGUACGACAUCAAGCGCGCCGUUGUCCAUACGCAUAUGCUGAAUGCCGAGUGGCUGGUCAGUUUCUUUGGCACACUCUCGGUGGAGGAUUCACUGGAGUGCCUGAAGGCCAUGCUCACCGCUAAUCUGCGCCAGAAUUUGCAGAUUUGUGUGCAGAUCGCCACCAAGUAUCACGAGCAAUUGACCACCAAGGCGCUGAUUGAUCUAUUUGAGAGCUUCAAGAGCUACGAUGGCCUGUUCUAUUUCCUGAGCAGCAUUGUGAACUUCUCGCAGGAUCCGGAGGUGCACUUCAAGUACAUACAGGCGGCCUGUAAAACCAAUCAGAUCAAGGAGGUGGAGCGCAUCUGUCGCGAAUCGAAUUGCUAUAAUCCCGAGCGUGUCAAGAAUUUCCUGAAGGAGGCCAAGCUGACUGAUCAAUUGCCCCUGAUUAUUGUCUGCGAUCGUUUCGAUUUCGUGCACGAUCUGGUGCUCUAUCUGUACCGCAACAAUCUCCAGAAAUAUAUUGAGAUCUAUGUGCAGAAGGUGAAUCCAUCACGUUUGCCGGUUGUGGUGGGCGGUCUGCUCGAUGUCGAUUGCAGUGAGGAUAUCAUCAAGAACCUAAUUCUCGUCGUUAAGGGUCAGUUCUCCACGGAUGAGCUGGUGGAGGAGGUGGAGAAGCGUAAUCGCUUGAAACUGCUGUUGCCCUGGCUGGAGUCGCGCGUCCAUGAGGGCUGCGUUGAGCCGGCCACCCACAAUGCCCUGGCCAAGAUCUACAUUGACUCGAACAACAAUCCGGAGCGAUUCCUCAAGGAGAAUCAAUACUACGACAGCCGCGUCGUCGGACGUUACUGUGAGAAGCGUGAUCCGCACUUGGCCUGCGUCGCCUAUGAACGGGGUCAAUGCGAUCGUGAACUGAUCGCCGUUUGCAAUGAGAAUUCGCUGUUCAAGAGCGAGGCACGCUAUCUGGUUGGCCGUCGCGAUGCUGAGCUGUGGGCCGAGGUGCUGUCGGAGGCAAAUCCCUACAAGCGUCAACUGAUCGAUCAGGUGGUGCAGACAGCGCUGUCGGAGACACAGGAUCCCGAUGAUAUCUCUGUUACGGUCAAGGCAUUCAUGACCGCCGAUUUGCCCAACGAGCUGAUCGAACUGCUCGAGAAGAUCAUCUUGGACUCGUCCGUCUUCAGCGAUCAUCGCAAUCUUCAGAAUCUGUUGAUCCUGACCGCCAUCAAGGCGGAUCGCACUCGUGUCAUGGACUACAUCAAUCGCUUGGACAACUACGAUGCACCAGACAUUGCCAACAUUGCGAUCAGCAAUCAGCUGUACGAGGAGGCUUUCGCCAUCUUCAAGAAGUUCGAUGUGAACACCUCGGCCAUUCAGGUGCUGAUCGAUCAGGUGAACAACUUGGAGCGCGCGAAUGAGUUUGCCGAGCGCUGCAACGAGCCGGCCGUCUGGUCACAGCUGGCCAAGGCACAGCUGCAACAGGGCCUGGUCAAGGAGGCCAUCGAUUCGUACAUCAAGGCCGAUGAUCCCAGCGCCUAUAUGGACGUUGUCGAUGUUGCCAGCAAGGUGGAGUCCUGGGAUGAUCUGGUGCGCUAUCUGCAAAUGGCACGCAAGAAGGCACGCGAAUCGUACAUUGAGAGCGAAUUGAUCUAUGCCUAUGCGCGUACUGGACGCCUCGCCGAUCUCGAGGAGUUCAUCUCGGGCCCCAAUCAUGCGGACAUCCAGAAGAUCGGCGAUCGCUGCUUCAGCGAUGGCAUGUACGAUGCGGCCAAGCUGCUGUACAACAAUGUCAGCAACUUUGCCCGUCUGGCCAUUACGCUGGUCUAUCUGAAGGAGUUCCAGGGCGCCGUCGACUCGGCACGCAAGGCCAAUUCGACGCGCACCUGGAAGGAGGUCUGCUUCGCCUGUGUGGACGCUGAGGAGUUCCGUUUGGCGCAAAUGUGCGGCCUUCAUAUUGUGGUGCAUGCCGAUGAGCUGGAGGAUUUGAUUAACUACUAUCAGAAUCGUGGCUAUUUCGAGGAGUUGAUUGCGCUGCUGGAAUCGGCGCUGGGUCUCGAGCGCGCCCACAUGGGCAUGUUCAGCGAAUUGGCAAUACUCUACUCCAAGUUCAAGCCAUCGAAGAUGCGCGAGCAUCUGGAGCUGUUCUGGUCGCGCGUCAAUAUACCCAAGGUGUUGCGUGCCGCCGAAUCGGCGCAUCUGUGGUCCGAGCUGGUCUUUCUCUACGACAAAUAUGAGGAAUAUGAUAAUGCUGUGCUCGCCAUGAUGGCCCAUCCGACGGAGGCGUGGCGCGAGGGCCACUUCAAGGACAUCAUCACCAAGGUGGCCAACAUUGAGCUCUACUACAAGGCAACGGAAUUCUAUUUGGAGUACAAGCCGCUGCUCUUGAACGACAUGCUCUUGGUGCUGGCUCCACGCAUGGAUCACACCCGUGCCGUCAACUACUUCUCGAAGACAGGAUAUCUGCCGCUGGUGAAACCCUAUUUGCGUUCCGUACAAUCGCUGAAUAACAAGGCCAUCAAUGAGGCUCUGAAUGGUCUGCUCAUCGAUGAGGAGGACUACCAGGGCUUGCGCAAUUCCAUCGAUGGAUUUGACAACUUCGAUACCAUUGCGCUGGCGCAGAAGCUGGAGAAGCACGAGCUCACCGAAUUCCGUCGCAUUGCGGCCUAUCUCUACAAAGGCAACAAUCGCUGGAAGCAGAGCGUUGAGCUAUGCAAAAAGGACAAACUGUACAAGGAUGCUAUGGAGUAUGCUGCCGAAUCUGGUAAACAGGAAAUUGCCGAGGAGCUGUUGGGCUGGUUCCUGGAGCGCAAUGCACACGAUUGCUUUGCGGCAUGUCUAUAUCAGUGCUACGAUUUGCUGCGUCCCGAUGUUAUCCUGGAACUGGCAUGGAAACACAAAAUCAUGGACUUUGCCAUGCCCUACUUGAUACAGGUGCUGCGCGAGUACACCACCAAGGUGGAUAAACUGGAGCUGAAUGAGGCGCAGCGCGAGAAGGAGGAUGAUACAACGGAGCAUAAAAACAUAAUACAAAUGGAGCCGCAGCUGAUGAUAACAGCUGGCCCAGCCAUGGGCAUACCCCAGCAAUAUGCACCAAAUUAUCCACCUGUUGCCGCGGCAGCAGCAGCAGCGGCAGCGGCAGGACGCAACAUGGGCUAUCAGUAUAUGUAGGCAUUUAACAACAUCAACAACCACAACAACCACA